GCGACUUAUUUAAGGAGUUCGUAACAGUUGGUAAGACUUUGGCUUUCAAUUAAAUUAAGAUCUUAAAUUGGCCUCGACAAUAAUUAUAAUUUCUGGCUUGUCCCUUCAUCGAUUUGAUUAAUUUUCUGUAGCCCUUGGGCAACACUUGUGUGAUACCGACCUACAGACAUGGUCGGGCUCGCGUCCCUACGAAACCUUGACCGAAACACAGGCUGGGUGAGUUGGUCAGUUUUUCUUUUUUGAAAAAUGUCCAAUAUGGAAAAUACAACUAGUUAUGUUAAAUGUUAUCAACUGAAUCUAAUUUAUUUUUACAUAUUUUUUUUUGUUUAAAACACGAUAGUAUUCAUUAAACGUAAUUAGGGGUAUCUGCAGAAAUCGCAUUUUAAAAAAAAAAUUUUUAUUAGGACAGUGGUUCCUUAACUUUUAAGUUUGGUGGACCAAAGAACAUGUCUCAGAAUUGUACCAUGAUGGUGUUGCCAUAUUUAGUAAUUAUAUUUUCUUUGCAUUUGAAAAUAACUAUUCGUGUUGAUUUAUUCAUGAAAGAUUGGGGGAGGGGGGGGGCGGGGCGGCAUGUUGCAUUUCUCAAAGAUUAUAUUAGUGCAAUGAUUGCUUCACGGGUCAUUAUAUGUAUAUGUAGAUAGUAUAGUAAAUAUAUAUACAUAUACUCUUUGUUGUACCCGUUCUAUGCCUGGAUCGCAAGCGAUUUUAUUUGAAAGUAUUGAUAAAGCUACGACUCGCUAUGCAGUUUAAUUAGUGGGUGAAACUUUUUUGUAGACCACAUGUUUGGUGUAAACUCUGGGUUCUUUCUUUGGGUUUUCUUGAUGAUUAGUUCCUACAACUUAGCAAACAACAGCAAAUGCCUCGGUGCAACACAGUGCAGUGUAAACAAUCCUUCUCACGCACAAUAAUCGCUUGGAGCCACCUGGACAAUGCCGCUGUGAACUCGACCUCGGUCGAAAGCUUCAAGGCUGCCAUGGCAUCUGCUAGGAGCUGUUAGACUAGCAACACCAUUCCCCCAACCGUCGCACAGAUGCCAGUACAUGGAUGCAGCAACAAACACCACCAGAAUCAGGUUGAACCUUUUCUUUGACUUUCCGAAAGGAUUUUUUUCUCGAAAAUGCAUAAAUAAAAUUGUCCAUGGCUGAAUGCUGGACAUGGCAAAUAAGUACCAACAAUACCCAGUGUUUUCCUCAAAAGAAAUUGCUUUCGUCCUUAUGCAAGGGGACGGUCGAGUUCCGUGCGUGAUAGAAUAACUGCUGGAUUACAUACCCUGCACCUUGAAUAGAUCCGGUCAGAAUGUCACGGUUAAUGACGUUCACAUCAUUAGCUUCACGACCAUCCCAGUGCCAUUGCGAAGACUUCUUGUUAAGUCAAGGGCUCGCAGAAAUAGCACUACCGCAACGGACAUUUUCAUUGAGUCCAAGUGACUCGUGUUUUUUUUCGGAGUUUGGUGAAAUGAGUAUUCCUUGAGCUUCCAGCAUGCUUCACUUGCAAUGACAUAUCGGUUCUUUUUACUUUGUUUCGUUUAAUAUUAGUUUCUUGUUUUUUGUGGGAACAGUAACGAAUUGAAUAACUUCAAAAGCAUGCCCCACGUAAACGUAUUUGAAGAGGCAUUGAACGCUUUGAAUUGAGCUACAAAUCUUUACUUUAAUGUGGGCGUUGCUUUUGACAGGCAGGUAUAAUGUAUUGUAGGGCACCACCUUAUCUAUUAUCCACUUAGUUUGCCCCAUGUUCAACAAAGUUACCGUCAUCUUGGCGUUGAUAUUUUUGGUAUCAAGUAACAUUGCUUUUGGUCUUGGCACGAAAGUAAUUUGUUGGUAUUUAUUUUUGUACAUUUGCCGUUUUCCCCACACAGUGCAGUAGGAUUUAAUGGAUCUCAAAAGCUGUCUAUCAGGCAGGAUUUUACUCGUUCAUGUCUUCCGGGGUUAUGAAGAGCAGUAUGUGCGCAUGUGGUAGACCACGGUGUUUUUCGGAGCUCGAUCACGCGAGGCAUAGCCUAUCACACGUCCAAAUCAUUGGUGUUUCGUUUAGUCUUCAAGUAGAAACAAUUUCCGUUUCAACUCAAACACUCUUACUGCUACAUCAGGCUGGUCGCAUUGUUGCUGACCAGGAAGUAAAUUUUCCCUGAUUUCUCCCCAUUUAGGUUUACACGUAAAUGUAAAAACAUAAGUCAGGUUUUCCAUAUUUCCUGACCAUAGCAUCUUGAUAAUUUUGAGCCAUAUUUCUUGGAAUCCCUAAUUUAAUAAGGUUGAAGGCAGUAUAAGUUUUUUCCAGGAGUGUUCAACGUCCUCAACAUCUUGGUUGUUCAUAAAUCGGUGAAGGACGUCAUAGUCUUCAUAGUCUUCAGCUCUUAUUACAAUUUGAUGUUUUCGAAACCAAUUCAAGCGUUUUGCCUCGGUCUUGCAAUAAUCGUCAACGAAGAAUUGGUGAGUCAACUUUCGUGCGUUUAGGAACUGGUUAAAGUUUCCAUCACAAAUGGCAAAAUGGUAUGGAUACCAAUGAAGUUGAGACACAUUUCCUGAACCAACAGCUUCUUCGGGUUUGUUGUCCACCCUGAAUCUCCAAAUCGGAAAAGCAAAUGGCAGAACAUUGGGUCACAGAGUCUACCAAAUGGUGACACAUAGGGUCACAGUGUCAACCAAAGAGUGACACAUUGGGUCACAGAGUCUACCAAAGGGUGACACAUAUGUUCACAGAGUCUAUCAAAGGAUGGCACAUGUGGGUCAUAGAGUCUAUCAAAGGGUGACACAUUGGGUCACCAAGUCUAUCAAAGGAUGGCUUAUUGGGUCACAGAGUCUACUCAGAAUGGAUAUGUUUUGUAAAAUUGCCACAAUUUGCAUGAAUUUUUUAUCCUUAUUUUUAGAGGUGCACCAUCUGCACUGUGAAAAAGGCAACAUUUUCUCCUCUGGCAAUGGGAGAGUUGUCUUUACCGGGGUACGCAUCAUUUUCUCUUUCUCUCAAGAAUAUCAUGCUAUAUUCAACUGGCGUUCGGUCUACCCUAUUUGCCUUUAAAAUUUCGUCUCGUUCUAAUUGUUGCAUGUUCCUGUAUUCUCUAGAGAAUGGACUGAUGUCGUCUGCAAGAUAUUUUUGAAGGUUCUCCAUUACGACACGCCAAGGCAUGGACCGAAUCCAAAAUAUAGAGUUCCGCAAACUUUGGGCAUUCACCUUGACUUGGAUGUAAUGCAGAUGUAUCAUCAUAUAUUUGCCCAUGGAUUCUGAACAAAAAGUUCCUCAAAGUCUGGUUACGGAAUUGUAAACUUGUGCUCCCAAUGGACUGUUGCAAGAUCUUAUUUUUUACAUUAAAGUUUUGGAAUUCGGACCACAAUCAUUCAUGUAACCUUUAAUAAAGUGAUGAUUCGGUUUUUUUAUUCUAAUAAAAUUGUCCCAUUGUGUCAGCAAUUCGAUAUUAAUUCAUUUUUGUUUCAUGUUUGGCAUUGCAAAAGGGACAUUCGGCGUCCAUCGAGCCAAAAGUACUUCCUUCAGUUUCACCCCUAAUUAAGUUUUAGGAAAACAAAGCUGUGUUGCAGGAUCGAGGGUAUCUAGCAGACGUCCUCUUUGAUACAUGCGGGCAGCACUUUGUCUUCUAGCGUUUGCCUCGCGCUUUUGUUAAAUAAUGUUGAUUUUGUUGCAUGCUUUCUCUGCGUUCUUGUUGACUCACAGCUUUCGAUUCACAUCCUGCUGGAACUUGCUCUUUGAUAUGGCGUCUCUACGCUUUUUUCGAGCUCAAACAUUACGGGAUGAUUUUUGAGUCAAUUUCUUCAGCAUCUGGUGGUCACCUACAUUUUGGAGGAUAGUUGAUACCAGAAAAAAAAAAAACAACAACAACUAACCUCACUUUUUUAAAUCUUAAAAAAGAUUUUUAAAAUCUUUUUUAAAUUUUUUUAUUUUUUUAAACAAGAUUUUUAAAUUUAAAAAAAAAUUCUACGAAUUCCAAUUUCCAUAGGAAGUUCGAGGGCUCAGUUCUGUUGUAAGGUGUUACCAGCUCUCUUCACAAUUAAAAGCAAUCAUCUAAAAUACCAUGUUGAAUACUUAGUAUCAUUCUUAACAGCGCAGCUCUCCUUUAUUCUGCUCUAUCCAUGCAUACCAACUACUAAAACCAUAACAGACACAUCAACUCUCAUACCCAAAACGUUGCCUACACAAAAUACAAAGCAAUAGCUACACAUUUAAUCUUCGCACCACAUACACUCACUAAAAAAUCUCUAUACCGACAUCUUUCAUAGUCUUAAAAAAUGUCACCAAUACAACAGCUUCAAAAAAUGUCUCUACACCAAAUACGCCCAGAAAAAAAUAGCAAUGCCGAUGACUGGCAUACUACUUAGUGCCUUAUGUAAUAGAUAUAUUUUAUUUAUAAAUGUAAUGUGGACACUUGGAACAUUUUUUCUGCUUUGUGUUGAUUAUUUUUAAUCUACUCCAUCGACUGAAUCGUGUUAAUAAUGUUCAACAGAGUACCACCUUUUCAAACAACCUACAUAUUUAUACGGUCAAUACCAAUGGCUUCUUUUGGGUCGCUUUGUACAAGGAAAGCAGGUAACUUUAUUAUAACAAAAAGGAAAACUUGUUUUGUCUAUUCUCUUAUAAGUCAUGACUAAGUUUAAUCAAGUCAGGCUCAUAAUAGUUAUUUUCUUUGAUUUAAAAAUGAAAGUUAAAAAAUAAAACCCCAAAAUCCCACAUAUUCUUCUUUUUUUUUAUCCAGAGUGUUCUUUGGUGACAAGAGGACUAAUUUCUUAGCAUGAUUUUGUUAAAAUGCCUGGCAUUAUGCACAUUAGUGGUGAUGGGUAAGUACACGGUAAUUUAAAAAAACACUUUUUUUCCAAGGUAAUAGUAAUAAUUAUCUAUACCAAAGAAGGCAUUAUAGUUAGGGGGUUGGGGGGAAGGGGGGGGGGGGUUAUUUCAACAAUUUCCAAGUAAAAAGUCUUUCGCCGCUUACAGGAAAUGCCUCAGAGGCUGUGCAGUUGAAAUUUAUUCUACAUCGCAUGUUACCGUGGAGUGACAUUAUUAUUUCGAGAAAUCAUGUAGGAGGACACAUUUUGUUUAGGGCACUCUAAUACCCCAAUAACUCUUAUCAACUCAAUGGCCAUCUUGUCAGUUCUAUGAAAGCAAUUCCGUUAAAUCAAUAAUAUAGAGGCAUCUACACUUCAAAAAAAAAAACAUUUCUUUUUGUUAAAAAUUAAAUAAUAAUGUUAAUCCAAAUAAGCUCGCAAACCGCACUAAGGCUUUUGGCAUGCGCCUUCAUCUAGUGACUGCAAACCUUCAAGGGUUCCACAAGCGUGCGCUUCAUAACCUGGCCGAUGAAGAAGAUUCCUCUCUGGCUUCGCCAUAUAGGGAUAUUUGCAAGGGGGCUUUUAUUUGAGUUUUUUUUUUUUUUUUUUUGCUUUCUUAAGAUCUACCAAAAAUUAUAUGUGAAUUCCAUCAUACCAUGUAUAAUUUAUGGCAUUCCUUUUGAGAACCGUUCUUCGUGAUAAAAAUAUUUAAAAUUUUUCUCUUUUUUUCAAAGUUGUAACUUUUUAAAAAUUAAUUUAAAAAACACAAAAUCUUUAUAGCAUGUAAGAUUAUACGAUAUGAACACCAAAUCUUACCACGUUCUGCACUUUGUGAAAAAUUAAAAACUUAAAAAAUUUAAUACAAUAAAAAUUUUAAAUAUGGAACUAAAGACUCAAAGCCCUGCUUUAUGUCAUGUUGUAUGUCCUGUUAUAGGACCUAUUUACGCUCCAUUCGUUGUUUUUUCUCAGUUUAUACGAUGCCAGACUGCACCGACAUCUAUUGUCCUCCGAGUCAUAUCCCAGUCUGUGGAAGCAACGGUGAGACCUACCCCAGUGAGUGCCACCUCAGAGCCUCCAACUGCAAGAGGCCACCCCACGACAGAAUUUCGAUAGAUUACCCAGGGGAGUGCAGAGAUAUCCCAAACAACUGCCCUAAAUUCUGCCCACUUGUUUGGGCCCCGCUGUGUGGCACGGAUAAAGUGACUUACGGGAACCCGUGCCAACUUGAGGUCACCAACUGCAGCAGGAAACCGGAAGAACGCGUUCAGAAAAAUUACGAAGGCGUUUGCAGGAAACCCCAUUAAAGAUAGGAUGAACGGCUCCAUGACAAGCUUGAUCGGACAACAACAAAAGAGUAUGAUGAACACCAGGAAGAGAAAGAAAGAUUAAUUUUUUUAAAAAUAUAAACAACUUUUUAAAAUAAAUGAAAAUUUGUUCGUUGAGUGAGAAGCUUUGAAGUUACCCGCAGACGGCUGUUUGCACUUUUUAAAAA